AUGCCACCUAAAGUCGUCACCACCGGCCCAACAACCACUUCCACCACUCCACCUAAAGAAGUCACCACCGGCCCAACAACCACUUCCACCACUGUAAUUGUUGAAACCUCUACCUCAACAUCACAGCCCUUAACAACAGGUGAAGAAACAACAGGUCCAGUAGUGAUAACAUCCAAUCCCACUACUUUAACAACAACUACAAAUGUACCCAAAACAACUACACCUACCACAGGUGGAACAACAACAGUUGAAGAAACCACAACUGAGACAAUUUCAUCUACAUCCACAAAGCCACCUAAAGUAGUCACCACCGGCCCAACAACCACUUCCACCACUGUAAUUGUUGAAACCUCUACCUCAACAUCACAGCCCACAGCAACAGGUGAGGAAACAACAGGGCCAGUUGUCAUAACUACUUCUCCCACUACUUUAACAACAACUACACCUACCACAGGUGGAACAACAACCGUUGAAGAAACCACAACUGAGACAAUUCAAUCUACAUCCACAAAGCCACCUAAAGAAGUCACCACCGGCCCAACAACCACUUCCACCACUGUAAUUGUUGAAACCUCUACCUCGACAUCUCAGCCCAUAACAACAGGUGAAGAAACAACAGGUCCAGUAGUGAUAACAUCCAAUCCCACUACUUUAACAACAACUACAAUUGUACCCACAACAACUACACCUACAACAGGUGGAACUACAAGAAUUGAAGAAACAACAACUGAGACAAGUCCAUAUACAUCUACAAUGCCACCUAAAGUCGUCACCACCGGCCCAACAACCACUUCCACCACUGUAAUUGUUGAAUCCUCUACCUCAACAUCACAGCCCACAGCAACAGGUGAAGAAACAACAGGGCCAGUUGUCAUAACUUCCACUCCCACUACUUUAACAACAACUACAAAUGUACCCACAACAUCUACACCUACCACAGGUGGAACUACAAGAGUGAAGAAACAACAGGUCCAGUUGUCAUAA